AUGAUUUGUGCCCUGUCUCCUGAUCUAAAUAACUAUGAGGAGACACUUAGUACUCUACGCUAUGCAGAAAGAGCAAAAACAAUAAAAAAUAAUGCAAUUAUUAAUGAGAACCCUACGGAUAAAUUAAUUAGACAAUUACAAGAAGAAAAUGCUAAACUUAAGGCACUUAUACAACAAGGAGGACAGGGCAUGGGUGAUGAUAUAAAGGGUAUAAUAUCUGCAGAGGAGACAGAAGAAAUGCAAAGAAAUCAUCAAGAAGAGAUAAAGGCAAUGGAGGCAGCAAUAGAAGAUCUACAAAAAUCUUGGGAAGAAAAAUUAGCUGAGGCACAAAAACGCAUGCAACAAGAGGCCACAGGUCCUGAUUGGGAGAAUGUAGCACAUAUAACAUUAUUAACAGAAGAUCCUUUAUUAAAUGGUAAUCUUUCCUUUAAGAUACCAGGAGGAGGAGACAAUAAAUUAACAAUAGGAAGAAAAAAAGGAGACAAUUGUCCCUCUGUUUGUCUCUCUGGUUCGGGUCUAAGUCCCCAUCAUUGUUACCUACAGCUAGCACCGCAGCAAGCAGCAGCAGCAGGAGGGGAGGAAGAGGAAGCAGCAGCAACAUUAGUAGUAGAGGAAGGAGGACAUAAUACAUUUAUUAAUGGUAAAAUGUUAGAGGCAGGGGAGACAGAGUACGAGGCGAAGCUCCAGGAGCUGCAGCAGAAGGCAGAUGAGGCAGCAUUAGCAAAAGCAAAAGAAGAAUACCUAGAGGAACAAAAAAAGCUAGAGACAAAAAAAAGAGAAAUAGAGAUUGAGGAAUUAAAAAGGAGACAAUUAGAGGGAGAUAUUAUGCUACUUAAUGAACAACUUACAAGGGUGUUGCCAUUAAUAAGAGAGGCGAACAUAAUAGCACAAGAGUUGGGUCUUCCCUAUGUAUUAAAGCCCAAGCUGCAAGCUGAGGCAGCAAUAGGUGGCAGCAGCAGCAGCAGCAGCAGCAGCAGCAAAAGGAGACGAUUAACAGCAUUAAGUGUCUCUGUUUGUUAUAAAGGUGUUGAGGUGUAUGCAUGGCCAGCAGCAACAUUAGAGCUAAGAAUAUUUAUUAUGAGGGAAUUAUUUGAUCAAUGGGCUGAAUCAGAAGACAAGGAGACACUUCUUGCUAAUUUACGUCCUGCGGAUAAUCCCUAUUGGGACCCUUUCCCUUCUAGUCAAUUCAUGGGUGUUGGUGAAUUAUAUCUAAAACCUCUUGCUAAUCAAAUAGAGAAUGCAGCAACUGUUAAAAUAUUUGAUGCUGAAGGAAAGGCUGUUGGAGAGAUGGAGGUUGGGGUUUAUCCAGUAACUGCUGAUGGCAAAGAAUUGCCUGAUGAAGAAAUUAAAGAAAAACCCCAAGACCUUAUAGGCACCACUAUGUAUUACAUGGUGAAGAUAGGGAAGGUAUGGGCUAAAGAAGCUGCUGCAGCAGCAGCAAAAGCAGCAAAAACACAAGAAACAUUUGAUAACGCUAUAGGCAGAGACACACAAACAGGUAAAUAUAUUUAUAAUGGAUAUAGAUCUAUUAAAGACAGCAGCAGCAGCAGCAGCAGCAGCAAUCAGCAGCAGCAGCAGCAGCAGGGGAAACAGGAAGGAAAAGGAAAGUCUAAGGAUGAAGGAAAAGGAGGAAAAGGAGCAGCAGCAGCAGCAACAGCAGCAAAUACAGUAGAGAGACAAAAGAGUCCAAGUCUUAGUCUAAGAAGAUUAUCUAGAGGAAAGACAGAAGGAGACAAACAAAAAGCAGAUGCACAAAAGUCUGCUGCUGCUGCUCCUGCUGCUCCUGCUGCUGGGGGAGAGCAGCAGAAACCUGCUCCUGCUGCUGCACAGCAACCUGCAGCAAAAAACAACCAACCUGCAGCAGCGCAACAACAGCAGCAGCAACAGCAGCAAAAACAACCACUACAAUCAGCAUUAAAGCCACAGAACGAGCAACAGCAACAGCAGCAGCAACAGCAACAGCAGCAGCAACAGCAGGAGCAGCAACAGCAACAGCAACAGCAACAGCAGCAGCAGCAGCAGCAAGAAGCACACCAUGAUGAUGAUGAGCAGCAAACACAAAGAAAAGCUCAUAUGUUUAAACAUGCACAAAAUGCAUGCUGCAAUAUUCAAUAA